AUGGAAGACGAUGAUUACAUCCCCGAGCUCGUUUCAAGUGGAAUUGAGCCGAUAAGGUAUACAAAACUUGGUGCAAAGCGGAAGAACUAUCGUAAAGAUUUAGGCUUAAUGGACGAAGCUGUAAGUGAUAAGAUACCGGUGACCAUCAUUACAGGAUAUUUGGGAUCUGGAAAGUCAACUUUGCUUGAGGAGAUUACUCGCCAAGGUGGUCUGAGGAUUGCAGUGGUUUUAAAUGAAUUCGGUGACUCGGCUGAUAUAGAGAAAUCUCUUCUUAUCAAAAGCGACAAUUCGACGGCAAUAGAAGAGUGGCUUGAUUUGGGAAAUGGCUGUUUAUGUUGUUCUGUGAAGGAUAAUGGCGUUGCAGCAAUAGAGCGCCUCGUUGCAAGAAAGCGGAACUUCGAUUACAUUCUCCUCGAAACAACUGGCUUGGCUGAUCCUGCGCCUAUUGCGACCAUGUUUUGGUUGGACGACGCUUUAUCGUCAAAUGUAUAUAUUGAUGGUGUGGUGACAGUACUCGAUGCUGAGAAUAUUGAACACUGGCUGGAAGAGUCUGGUAGUCGGCACCAUGGUGAUUCCGACAUUAGUGGCGGAAUAACGGUUGCACAUCUUCAAGUUGCAAUGGCCGAUGCAAUAGUUCUCAACAAAAUUGACACAAUCUCAGAAACGCAAAGGCUUAAUGACAUUGAGGCUAAGAUUAGGUCCAUCAAUUCCAUUGCUCCAGUACAUAGAACAUCAUUCGGCAAAUUAGAUGUGCGGGAGAUACUGGACUUACGUGCUUAUGAACAAAAGGAUGCUUCUUUAUUUAUCAACAGCGAAACCCAACAUCAUGAUCCCAAAGUUGGAACUAUUACGCUUAUAUUUCCAAGACUGGGAGCGCUGGAGUCUGAGCAGUUUGAAAUAUUCAUCCAGCACUUGCUUUGGAACGAGGGAGUUUUUAAAGAUUCGAAUUGUGAGGUUUACAGAACAAAAGGUAUCAUCAUUAUGAACGAAAAAGUCAAAAUACUGCAAGCUGUAAGAAAGACUUACGACUUUAUUGAUGCAGACGAGGAUACUUUUCAGUUGCUGACCAAGGGUUGCAAGUUAGUUCUCAUCGGCAAAAACCUUGAUUAUCAGACAUUGAGACAACAGCUUCGACGCUAUUUAAACAUCGUUUAUCCCGAGAAAACCGAAAACCUUGACUAG